AUGACGACGACGACGACGGCGACCGAAAACGGCAACAACAGAGAACGAAAGAACGCGCAGGACAUUCAUCCCACGAAGGUCUCCGCGAUGGGGGUGGACGCUGCACCUGCACCUGCAAAAGGAAAAGGAAAAGGAGAUGAUGCACAAGAAGACGAAAAGAAGAAGAAGAAGAAAACAACACAACAACAACAACAAGGGAAUAAAAUAUAUUUUGGGUUUCUGAAAGAACAACACUUGGCGUUAAUCAUCGUUCUCGUCACUCUCGUGCGAUUGUUCAUUCGCUAUAAGUUUCGUCCGAAGACGUUCAUCACGUGCACGGAAGACCAACCUUUGAUGGAGGUGAAAGAGAACUUUCUCAAUUUUCUCGAAUACGAAAAAAUUCGAAAAUGUACUUUGAAUCAUCCUCGAUUGAAAAUACCGUCCGCUUUAAGCAGUGGCUCGUUUUCCAAAACUCGCGGGUUUGUCGUCAAAUUCAACAAGGAAGGCGUAGAUUCGUUUUUGAAUCAUCCAGAUUACGGAGACUGCUAUGGGGACUUGUUUGAGAAAAUGCGGCUUCCAGAAACUAACGCGUACGUCUUCAACGCUUUAUUGUGCGAGUUAUCGGACUAUGACGAUUGGAAGAACAACCAAACGAGCGUUGGAUUACACUUAGAUCAGACGGUUGGUUUACAAGGACUAAAAGCCGAUCAUCAAUUCUUGGCGCACCAGGUGAAUGUGCUUUAUGUGGACGUCGCCGCGGAUAUGAAAGGCGGCGAGUUAGAAGGAUGGAGAUACGGGUCAGGUGACUUGAAACAGUCUGAUUUAUUAAAGCCCCACUUAUCAAUCAAACCUGAGAAGAAUAAACUCGUCAUGUUUCGAGGAGAUUCCUUUCAUCAAGUCAAGGCAUACCACACUUCAGAAUCGACGACAAAACGCUUGUCUUUAGUUCUAGAGCAAUAUAAAAUCAGCGACGAGUUUGUUCCAAACACCGUCGUUUGGAUGGAGGCGCUGAAACAAAACAUGACGAUGAUGUAA